AUGUCAUCGGAACCAGUAUUGUUGACAGCCGUACGCAACUUGCAAAAUCCUAUACCUCAAUAUGUAUUAGGAACAUUGCCAGCUAUAGCAAUAUUGGGAACAACACCACAUAGUGGUUUGAUAAAUCAUUACAAGAUUGGCCAUAUUUACCGUUAUGUUAGGAUAAGAAAUGGAAGAGUAGUAGACAGAGUGUUACGAGGACAUUUACAUAAUCCACAAGAUACAGGUCAAAUAGUUCCGAUACCUGUUACAGCUUUCCAACCACAAGAUCUUCAUAACAAAAAGGCCCAUGUAGCAAUUACAGCAUUAGCUUCAGCUUGUGAUUACGAAAAUAUCACUGGGUUCCUUGAAACUAUAAAAUUUUAUUUGAAAAUAAACUUACAAACUAAUAUUAC